UCACAUCUGUUUUAUUUAGCCGAUUUAUCUGGCAACGCAGCAUGGCGCCAGUCUUUUUUAGCGCAAUAAUGUAAUGUCGAAUAUUUUUUGCUUCUGCAUCCCAACAGCAAGGCUCUACUGUUUUGACAAAAGUGUUUCUUCUGUGUUAAAAUUUUGUUUCUAUUAUUAACUGAAAUGAGAAUUUGUCAUGUUGCUAAGUGUGGACGUAAGACCAGUGAUGGUGUCAAAUUGUAUUCUUUGCCACAAAACAGUGUUCGUCGUCAGCUUUGGCUUGACAAGAUUAAACGUAGGGAAGCUAAUCGUAAUACCAAAAUCAAUAAUAUCAGUAUAUGCUCAAAGCAUUUCUAUGGAGGGAAACCUGCAAAAGCUAUCUACCCGAGGCAUCCAGAUUUUGUGCCAUCAUUGUUGUUAGGAGAUGAGCCACCAGAAUUAAUAGACUCUCCUCUUCUCUCUGUAAUUCAGGAUCAUUCUUUGCCGAUUGAUGAGCUUGAUCAACACAACAUUCCAAGUAAUUGCAAAGAGAGUUUACACACAACCAUAGAAUGUGAACUUCCCAGCGAUGAUGACCCAUCUGAGACUACAUUACAUCUAGAUUCAUUAUUAUGCCAUGAAAGUCUUUCACAGAGUGAUGAUUGUAAAGAUAUAGACUGGGUUCCUUCGCCGAUGAUAUAUGAUGUCGUUCCAGAAUAUUUUGUGGAAUGUAUUCUAAACGAUUCAGAAGAUCCACUUUCGUUACCUGAUGGAAGUGAUUUGCCCAAUCCAACUACAAGUGUUCCAGAAUCAAGCAUCAAUUUUUCUAGCCCAAGCCACACUUUUCUUCUUACAGUUGAUCGGCCUUUAACUCACCACAUCGUCGUUCAGGAUAAAAUUUCUAUACCCAAUAAACCCACACCAGUUUGGCUAAAUUUGAAUUGCUCUCUGAGCAAUAUGGUCACACCUACGGUGCCAAAUGAUCGAAUGGAGGUUAGUUCUUCUGCGUCUUGCAAGUUAUUAGACCACAGCUACGUACUGGUACCUCCAAGAUUACCUACUUCUCCAGGCGAGAGCGCUGCUGCGUCAUCUACAUCGCACAAUUCCCAAUCAGCUACAUCUCAGGAACCACAAGAAAAUGCUGCCCCAUAUGAAUCUGAUCACAAUUACGUUCUUCGUUCUUCUUCGACCCCUACUGUGAAUGAGGAGGAAAGUCUUCAUUUGGAUAUGGCAGGUUACCACAACUUCAUUGAAGGUGUCGCUACUCCUACAGCUGAAUGGACUUGGUCUUUCAACGAACGAAACAACAAUCUAGUGUGUUCUUGUCAUUUUUUUUCCCAUGACGGAGUGAUGACUAUCAAAUCUGUGAAGAUUAUCACCAUGAACAAAGUUGCGUUGUAUCUGAAUGCAAAACCAAUUACGCCUCAGGAUAUCCAAUUAGAGUUUCGAAGUAAAGCUGAAUUAGCCAAAAUUCUUGAAGAUUUCCAUCACCGAAAAAUAUGUCAAGGAAUCGUGGAUGAUUCGCUAGCAGAUGUCGAAGUGACGGAUAAAUGUGCUCGUAACAAGGAAGGCAAUUUGUGGCGCUCAAAAAUGCGCAUGGAAAUAGCUGGUUCCAAUUUAUGUUCAUCAUGCCGCCGUUUUAUAGAUUAUUAGAAGAUAACCAAGAAAUAACCAGACAACCAAGAAAUUGAAAAAUUCGAAAGAAGAUUACAAAUUGAAGCUGCGUUCCACCGAGCGAACGCUGAAAUGAGCAAUGUCUAGCAAGUUGAG